AAGGUGACUCCUGUCGGUCCUACGGCUUCCUGUCCCUCGUCCUCCGUUGAUCACGCGGACGUCUGCGGCAGCCUCCACCAGACCGCAGACCGUUGGACGCGCUGGCACGCGGCGGUUCCUGUUUGGCGGAACGGCGAUUCUGCAUUUCUGCGAGUGAGUCCAUCUGUGCUAGCCCGUGCAUGAAUGUGUUCUGCACCGUACGGGCGGAGAAGGCGCCCAAGAUCCGCGGGAAGCAUCGCUCCCAGAGGGGGUUUGGCGGAGCCGGGAGAGGCGGCCCUGGACGACAGCAGGAAGACAGUGCAGGAGUUCAACUCCCUGGUGGCUCUGUACCGGGAGCAGGUCAUAUCUGUGGGGGAGAUCUCAGCUGACUGUCACUCUCUGCGGGUACACAUGCACCACGCAAGGGCCAGAGGGUGCUCCAUGGCACGGGCGGCCCACCAAGACCUCGCACUCAUGUCUGUGACAGGGCCAGAAGACGGAGAGAUCCACCCUGACAUCUGCCGCCUCUUCAUCCAGCUGCAGUGUUGUCUGGAGAUGUUUAUUACUGAGAUGCUCAAGUCCAUGUGCAUGCUCAGAGUGCUGCAGCUGCAAAAGAGAAGACCUGAAGGGCCAGAGUCUGAACCCAAGAUGGAUUUUAGGAUGGAUGAAAGCUCUGACGUUCCCAUCCUUGAAGACCGUUCCUCCUCCCCGAUUGAUUUCCCUCAUGAACUGUGGCUGGUUGAAACAGAUAUUGAUAACAUAGAACGCUUUUUCUUCACACUGCUGCAACUCCUCAGCUGGGGGUCGCUUAGUCUUGCUUGUUUCUGUGACCGCUACCCCUGGAGCUCCUGGUCCAUCUGCUCCAAGACCUGCAACCAUGGCACUCAGCACAGAAGCAGGAAUGUCAUGUAUGAUGAUUAUUUUUGGAAGAACAGUUGCCAACAGCUGUGCCAGACAAAAGAUAUAAGAGCAUGUCAUGAACAGUCGUGUCCGAUCGACUGUGUGUUGAACGAGUUCGGAUCCUGGUCAGACUGCUCCUCCUGUACCAAGAAACAGUAUCGGACACGGUCGGUUCAAAGGCCAGCCCAGUUUGGGGGCUCAGCAUGCAGCGAGCAGCUGACAGAGGAGAGAGCCUGCCAUCCCUCCAGUGACUGUAUGAUACCACAGAUGGACUGCAAAGACAAAUUUAAGUGUGAUAAUGGUCGCUGCAUCAACACAACCCUGACGUGUAACAGACAGAAUGACUGUGGAGACAAUUCUGAAGAGAGAAACUGCGACAGCUACAGCACUGUGUGUCCGACAGAGAAAAGAGUGGCACCGGGGGCCGACCUGGUGGGGAAUGGGUUUGAUGCUCUGGCUCAGGAGUCUAAAGGAGCUGUGCUGGACAACAUGUUCAUGGGAGAAAGUUGCACCAUAAAGAGACCUGCGAGCACUUUGCUGUAUCACAGAAUCCCUCACAACUUUGAGAGCUUUAACAUUAAGGUAGGAGAGAUUGGUGACUUCAACAAUGAGCCACAGAAGCUGCACAGCGAGACUAUAAAUUUGAAGAGGUCCUCAUCAUCGACGCAUGAACAGUGCAUUGACAUCUUCAGGAAGAAUGUCUGCUUCCAGCUGAGUUCUAACAGGAACGCAUUUGAGGCUUCAAAGAAGACGGACUCCGAGUUCAUCCGGAUUCAUCAGGUCCUUCCAGUGUCCACCUUCAAAGUUCGUGCUCCAGAUGAUUUGGUCUUGUCUGGACCUUUCCUGCAGUUCCUCCAUGCCCUCCCUCUGGAGUACAACUACGCCCUCUACAGGGAGAUCUUCCUGCAGUUUGGGACGCACUACUACAGCUCGGGCACUCUGGGGGGACACUACGACAUGUUAUACCAGUACAGUCGAGAGGAACUGAGAAGCUCAGGUGAGUCAGAGGAGCACAUCCAAGGAUGUUUGGCCAGAGAGAUCGCCUGGACCGCCGUCCUCUACACUCAACACCGGGGUCAUUCCAUGUGCAGGAGCAACAAGAUGACUGAAAAAUAUCAAGGCUCGUAUGUCAAAGCAGCACAAAAGUCCUUCUCCCAGGUGAAGGGAGGUCGAGCCAGAGAAGCUGCUUCCCUGGCCUGGGAGGGAGAGGACGUCACUCCAAACCAGGCGGCCUACAGGAACUGGGUUCAGUCUGUCCUGGACAACCCUGCUGUAGUGAGCUAUGAGGUGCUCUCCAUCAUAGACUUGGUGAAGGGGAUCCCAUGUGCCGUGACAAAGAGGCGGCACUUGAGACGAGCCCUGCUGCAGUACCUCCAGGAGUUUGACACGUGCAAGUGUUCUCCGUGUCCCAACAAUGGCAGGCCAGUUCGCUCUGGGGGCGAGUGCAAGUGUGUUUGCCAGACUGGGACAUUCGGAGAAAACUGUGAGCUGAGAGCGCCGGACUACACCUCAGAGAGAGUGGACGGCUAUUGGAGCUGCUGGGGGCCAUGGACCAGAUGUGGUGCCUUCAUGAAGAGACAUCGGACCCGGCGCUGUGAUAACCCCGCGCCCCAGGCAGGGGGGAAGCCCUGCGAGGGUCCUGACAGAAAUGAGGAGUCAUGUCACGUCUCAAUUUUUGAGAAAAAAGAGACCUGCGACAAUGACGAUGACUACACGGUGGGCUUGAUGACGGAGCUUCCCCCGGGUGUGCAGGGUUGUCUCAGACCCACAACACCUGCAAACAGCUUCCUCCGGAAAGCAAAGGAGUACUAUUACUUUGGAGAGGAUGAGGAGUUCCAGUGUUUCACUGGAUUUGACCUGAUAGGUUUUCAAUACAUCAACUGUCUUCCUGAUGGGACCUGGACUGCCCCGAAGGGACAGUGCACCAGAAGGAUAUGUCUUCCUCCGGAAAUCCCAGAAGACAUGGAGCUGUUCCCGACCAAAGAGGAGUACAAAGUUGGUGAUUCGAUCGGGCUGGAUUGCAGGGAGCCAAAAUUGUUCCCCCAUCCGUCAGGAUUCUAUCAGUGCAGCAGCAGCUUCAGCUGGGAGCCGACUUUACCUGCCAGUCUGCGCUGCACUGCGGAAAUACCUGGUGAGGUAGACACGUCAUGCGGUCCAGGACAGAGACGGCAGAACUCCAAAUGUGUCUGUGUCCCGCGCCAGAGCUGCAUGUCGGAUCCAAAUGACAUCUGCGUCCUGAAUUCGGACCUUGACUUGACCCUGUCCAUGUCCACCUGCUAUUUCACUGCCGCACGGUGCCAUGGGGAUCCUCUCUUCUUUAUCAGCGAUAAUUUGUGCAGCGCUAUCGAUGCAGCCAAACUUGACUGGGGAAGGUUCAGAGUACAAUUUGGGCUGAAGAGUUCCGUUCAGGAGCCCUGCGGUUUGGACAUUUGUUAUGAGUGGGAGACCUGCUCUGCUUCCCAGAAGUGCGAGUGCAGACCAGCUAACCAGUGUCCUCGCUCCGGAGAGCACAAGUUCUGCGUGAGGUUGCUCCGAAUGCAGAGGAUUCGCCGCAUGGACCUGUGCUCAAUGGCUGCCAUUAAAUGUGUUGGUUAUGACCUGGAGAUCGUCGACAUGGGGUUAUGUGAGAGCUGAACAUUUAUCUUUUCAAACAACACAAGCAAAAUGCCUUGAAUUCUGAAGACUGUCGUGACAUAUAUGCAGUGCACUAAGGAGUUCAGUCUUCUGGUCUUACGCCUCAUUGUGAUCUCUAUGAGUGGCUGUUUUUGACCCUGUACAAUAUAGACACAAGUCAUCUGUUAUCAUUUUAUUAUUUUCUUUUAACCAAAAAAAUCACAGCAUACGAUAUUGUCUAAAACCAUUUGCGUUUGGUAUGUAAAGAACACAAAAACUAAUUAGUUUUGUGCUUUUGUUUAAUUAGAAGUUCAGAAAAAAAAACGCUCCAAACAUUUCUGAAUUAUUUGUUUUCUCUAAAAUGAGCUUGGUAAACUGAUUUCUUCCUGCUGAAGCUGGAAGGUGAGCCUUCUUCAUUCACAACACUAUGUCCACAUUUCAUAAAUCCAGUACCGUUUUGCCUGCCAGUUUUGUUUUUUUACCCUUAGCGAUUAUCUUCUGCUAUUCUUCACAUGUACAGUAGUUUUCUACUUUUGCCGUAAUACUUGUCAAUAAAGCAAACGUAAAGUCACAACUUGAAUGGCCUUUUUUCUUCAGGUUUCCAAGACAGUGUUGCAAACCGUUUUCGUUAUCUACAUUCACCUUAAUGGUCGGAGUCUGUGCAAGCAUCGAUACUGAUAACAGCAAUCCUCUCUCCGGAGCACCUCCUGGCAGCAGCUCGGCAUUCGCUCACAGUCUCCAUGCCAGCGGCAGUUCGGAUACACAGCGGGGUGGAAUCUUCCGAGC